UCAGGGGGAGUGGAGACAGAGGUAGAUACGUUUCUGCUCGUACGCUGGAACACAUUGAAGUGCUGCAAACUUGUUCCCUGCAGAAAGCCGCACGAUGAUGAUGAUGAUCAUGAGCAUGUCGCAUCUACUGAAUUAAUUCAAUGUGCAGAACUGGACCUGUUCAUGUGUCUCUAGGAUCGGAACAUAGACUUGAAUGGAGAAUGUUUGGACGAUGUCUGCUGUAGAUUUAUAAAAUGGUAGGCUAAGUCAGCCGGGUUUGUCGCUUUCAGAAGUUUAACAUGUGAGCAAUCAACAAGUGAACGUACGCGUUCCAAUGCAGAGUCACUGGCUGGGCCUCACAUCUGCAGAAGGAAUUCCGUGAGCAUUGAGAGUGGCGCCAGAGACGAGUAACGUGUGUUUGGGACUGGCUGCAUGGCUUUUGGAGUUUUGGAGGGGAGAUAUUAGCAGUGGGAAGGACAUAUUCCAUGGCUCAGGAAAAGAAGAAAGGAGGGGUCCUUCCUCCAGAUGGAGGGUGGGGAUGGAUGAUCGUAGCUGGCUGCUUUGUGGUCACUGUUUGCACUCGAGCUGUCACAAGAUGCAUCUCCAUAUUCUUCAUUGAAUUUCAAACGCACUUUGCAAGAGAUUACACUGGGACGGCGUGGAUUCAUUCAUUAGUGGACUGCACAACCAUGCUUUGUGCUCCACUUGGAACCCUGAUCGGGAAUCGGUUGUCAUGUCGCAUAGCUGUAAUACUAGGAGGAUUCCUGGCCUCCAUAGGACUAGUUCUCAGCUCCUUUGCCACCAGUCUGGAAUAUCUUUACCUUACCCUGGGAGUGUUAACUGGUCUUGGCUUCGCUCUUUGUUAUACUCCGGCUAUUGCCAUGGUUGGAGUGUAUUUCUGUGAGAGGAAGGCUUUGGCCUAUGGCAUUGCCAUGUCUGGCAGUGGCAUUGGGACCUUCGUCCUAGCCCCUGUAGUGCAGCUGCUAAUUGAGCACUACUCAUGGCGGGGGGCCCUCCUCAUUCUGGGGGGCUUUGUGUCUAACCUGUGUGUAUGUGGAGCUCUGUUACGGCCCAUCAUUCUAAAGGAAGAGGAGGCCUGUCCUCUUCCUGUGGACUCAGAGUGUGGUUAUGAUGUCAAACUUCCAGUGGUAAACGGUAUCCAUACGGUGAUGACUGCUGGCGACAAAUUAAAAGUGGACACCAAACAACGCUGCCUUCAGUCCAUGCAGGAAUACAGCUUCCUGCUCAUGCCUGACUUUCUGGUGCUGGCUGGCUCCUUCUUUCUCCUGGCUAGUGGCUGCAGCCUGCCAUUUGUGUAUCUAGUACCAUACGCACUGGAUGUAGGUGUCAGUCAUCACCAUGCUGCUUUCCUAAUGUCCAUAUUAGGAGUCAUUGACAUCGUUGGGAACAUCACAUUUGGCUGGCUUACUGACAGGAGAUGCCUAAAGAAGUAUAGGAAUAUAUGCUACAUGCUUGCAGUGGGAAUGGAGGGACUAUGUUGUCUGUUUACCCCACUUUUACACACAUUUAUCUUGCUGGUCCCCUUUUCUGUGCUCUACGGGUACUUUGAUGGAGCCUAUGUUGCCCUUAUUCCUGUGGUGACAUCAGAUGUUGUAGGGACAACUUACCUUUCUUCUGCUCUCGGGAUUGUUUACUUCCUUCAUGCUGUUCCCUAUCUGGUCAGUCCACCCAUUGGAGGUUGGUUGGUAGACACCACAGGGACAUACACAGCGACAUUCUUUUUGAGUGGCUUUGCCCAGAUUGCCAGUUCUCUCCUGAUGUUCUCAGUCACCAUCAUUCGCUAUUGCCAGAGAAACCAAUAGAACAGGCUGAGUAAAGACCCAAAAAGUGAGCCAUGUAAAGGCAAACAAGUGGAUUAUUAUACUCCAAAAAAUAAAGACUUGAUGAUAAUUAUCCCAGCCACAUUGUAGCAUUGCGCAGGGGCGGUUUUGCUGUUUAAUUAACAGCAAAAGCUGUUUGUGUGUAAAAAUGCUUGUGCCUUUUUACUGUUUCUCUGUUAAAAGCAUUUCAUUCUCAUCUACAAUGGCAAGUUUUACAAAGGAGAGGCUAAGCUGAUGCACACUGCAUCAAGAUUUAUGUUUUAAUUAUUUUCUCCAUGUUUCUCAUACCUCAUGUGUCAACAAGGAGUGUGUUUUCCUUUUGUAAAUAUGUCUGUUUUCAUGUGGACCACAGAAUUAUGGAAUUGUACUCCAGUUGGAGUAGGUGCUGUUUUAAGUCAGGAGAGGGCAGUGUUGAUCCCUAGACUUCUGAGCAGCCUGGGUUGGAUGGAAGGAAAGCAAAUCCACCCCUACUCUGUAAAUGGUUUGUUGUGUGAAAUUAUUGCUCAAAAAUAAUAUGUACAUAUGUAUGUAUAAGCAUCUUAUAUCCAUGAAUGGUACCAUUACCAAUUAAAAAAAGAGUUCUUUGUAUCUCCAAAACGAUCUUGACAGGUCGAAAAGUUUAUUUGUAAAUAUAAAAGGAGGAACCUCUAUGUUCCCUAUCAAAAAGCUACACUUUGCUGCUGUGCUGAUUUAGCGCUUUGGUAAUGUCAUUAGGAGUGACCAGCUGUGAAUAUGUGUGCAACACGUCAAUGAAAUUGACUAAAUGUAUAGCCUCUGCCAGUGACAUCAUCAGGAUGCGCCGGUAAAAUAAAUAGAUGCGCCACAGUUG